AUGUCCCUCAUCGAUACUAUUACCUCUCACUUGCCUACUGCUCCUGGCUUGUUACCAAAAUGGUUGUUCUUCAUUUCCGUCGUUUCCAUUUUUAACUCCGCUCAGACCUACAUUAACUUGGAAUUGACUAAACAAGUUUAUGGUAACAAACCUCAGGAGGUUUCCCAUUUGUCUGCUCGUACCUUCGGUACCUGGACUCUCAUUUCUGCUAUUAUUCGUUACUUUGCUGCUUUCCAUAUUGACGAUGUCAACGUCUACAACAUUUGUAUUGCCUCUUACUGCGUCGCAUUGUGGCACUUCGGCUCUGAGUGGUUGUUCUACCGUACCUGCAGGUUUGACAGGGGUCUCUUUGGUCCUUUAAUCGUGUCUACUAUUUCAAUCUCGUGGAUGAUCUCUCAGAAAGAUUUCUACACUGGUCUUAUUGCCCAGAUCUGA